ACGUCUAAGGAAAUACUUUAGUUCAUUCAGAGGCAAGCCAGCGUUUGUGUUGACUGCUCAGAGUCCACGAACUUGGGCUUCUGGUUCACAUCUUGACGACCCCCUGCUCCUGAGGGUUUUUUCACACCCCCCCCACCCUCUCUUUUUUUCACUUACCAGGCGUCUGACUUGUCUGUGUAGCACCGAUGGCUUACCACAGCUUCCUGCUGGAACCAAUCAGCUGUCAUGCCUGGAACAAAGACUCAAGCCAGAUUGCCUUGUGUCCAAACAACCACGAGGUUCAUAUCUACAAGAAGGCAGGCAACAGUUGGACCAAAAUUCAUGAACUGAAGGAGCACAAUGGCCAAGUGACCGGGAUCGACUGGGCCCACGAGAGCAACCGCAUCGUGACCUGUGGCACUGACCGUAAUGCCUACGUGUGGACCCUGAAGGGGGACACCUGGAAGCCAACCCUGGUCAUCCUGAGGAUCAAUCGUGCUGCCCGCUGUGUGAAGUGGUCCCCCAAGGAGAACAAGUUUGCCGUGGGCAGUGGUUCCCGUCUCAUCUCUGUGUGUUAUUUCGAGCAGGAAAACGAUUGGUGGGUGUGCAAGCACAUCAAGAAGCCCAUUCGUUCCACUAUCCUGUGCUUGGACUGGCACCCCAACAAUGUCCUGCUGGCAGCUGGGUCAUGUGACUUCAAGUGCAGAAUUUUCUCUGCUUACAUCAAGGAGGUGGAGGAGAAGCCUGCCCCCACUCCUUGGGGCUCAAAGAUGCCCUUUGGGGAGGUGAUGUUUGAGUCCAGUGGCACUGCUGGUUGGGUCCACGGAGUGAGCUUCUCCAGCAGUGGGAACCGGGUGGCCUGGGCCAGUCAUGACAGCACUGUGGCUGUGGCUGAAGGGGGCAAGACUGCUGUGAUCACCAGUCUGUCUUCUGAGACUCUGCCUCUACUAUGUGCAACCUUCAUCACAGAGAACAGCAUUGUGGCAGCUGGCCACGACUGCUACCCUGUGCUGUUUGCGUAUGAUGCUGGAAAAGGGGCCAUCACCUUUGGCGGGAAACUGGACGUGCCCAAGCAGAGCGUUCAGAAGGGCCUGAGUGCCAGGGAGCGUUUCCAGAACCUGGACAAGAAGGGCGCCGAGACCAAAGAGGCUGCACUGAACUCGCUGCACAAGAACAGCAUCAGCCAAAUCUCCAUUCUGGAAGGUGGGAAAGCUAAGUGCGCCAAAUUCUGCACUACUGGAAUGGAUGGCGGAAUGGCCAUAUGGGAUGUGAAGACUAUUGAAUCUGCAAUGAAGGACCUGAAGAUCCAAUAAAUGUUGACCAAUGAACUGCACCAUGGUACUCAAUUCGCUUUUUAUACAAAUACUAUAUGAAGCAAUACAACAAGUGUUUAUUUUCUGCUGUCUUUUUUAUCAACCAGUGCCAAAUUGGCAUAGCAAAGCUAUUAUGCUUUCAAAAAAUAAAGUUGUUACUUAACGCUGCUUGUUAGUUAUAUGCUGGUCAUAAAAUGCUUUCUGUUCAAGUCAAGAUAUGACUGAAUGUUCUUAACCGUUUGAAAUAAAUAAGAAUGAGAUUGGA